GUUACUGAAGUUCUCUGUGAAGCCUGCGAUCUGCUGGGAUGGAAGAAACCGACCAAGAUCCAGAUAGAAGCCAUUCCUGUGGCUCUGGAGGGGCGUGACGUGAUCGGUCUGGCGGAGACGGGCUCGGGGAAGACAGGAGCGUUUGCUCUUCCUAUCCUGCAGUGUCUGCUGGCGUCUGCGCAGCGGCUGCACUCUCUCAUCCUGACUCCCACCAGAGAGCUGGCCUUCCAGAUCGCAGAGCAUUUCGACGCGCUGGGCUCCAGCAUCGGUGUCAAGACCGCUGUGGUCGUGGGGGGGAUCGAUAUGAUGUCUCAGGCUCUGGUUCUGGCUAAGAAGCCUCACGUGGUGAUCGCGACUCCGGGACGUUUGAUCGAUCACCUGGAAAACACCAAAGGAUUCAACCUGCGAGCGCUCAAGUAUCUGGUGAUGGACGAAGCUGACCGCAUUCUCAACAUGGACUUUGAGUCUGAGGUGGAUAAGAUCCUGAAGGUGAUUCCUCGAGACAGACGCACCUUCCUGUUUUCGGCCACCAUGACUAAAAAGGUGCAGAAGCUGCAGCGCGCGGCUCUACAGGAUCCUGUUAAAUGCACCGUUUCCUCCAAAUACGCCACCGUCGACAAGCUGCAGCAGUAUUACAUCUUCAUCCCGUCCAAGUACAAGGACUGUUAUCUGGUCUCUAUCCUGAAUGAACUGGCUGGGAACUCUUUCAUGGUUUUCUGCGGCACGUGUAAUAACGCCCAGCGGGUGGCGCUCUUGCUCAGAAACCUGGGCAUCACGGCCAUCCCUCUCCACGGACAGAUGAGUCAGGUACACACUCAGACCAUCUGAAUAUUACUGGUCUAGACUGCACUGAUUCAAAUCUAGGGAUGCUCCGAAUGUUCCGCAACCGAAACUAUUCGGCCGAAAAUAGCAAAGAAAGAUAUACAAGCGAAAAGAC